AUGGCAGGGGCGGAAGGCAGGGACCCGCUGGGCUUCUUCGCGGCUUACGGCAGCGACAACAGCUCGAGCGCCGAGGACGAGGAGGGCUCCGGCUCGCCGCGGGAGGCCGCUCCGCCGCAGGGGGUCCCUGGAGGGAAGCCGCUCUUGCCCGGGCCCGACGAGCUCUUCAGCAGCGUCAACCGGCCGGCCUUUCUCUACAACCCGCUGCAUAAGGAGAUCGACUGGGAGAGCCGGGUGGUGCGCGCGCCCGAGGAGCCUCCCAAGGAAUUCAAGGCAUGGAGUACAAAUGCUGUACCACCCCCUGAGACUUACAGUGUUAAAGAAACAAAGCCCCCACCGCCGCCUGAACUCGAUAUGGCAAUAAAGUGGUCAAAUAUGUAUGAGGAUAAUGGCGACGAUGCUCCAAGGCACGCAAAUAAAGUCAACUUCUUACCAGACAAAGAACAAGAGACCUUCCAAUCAGAUGAUGAAAAAGAUGAACCUGUUUCAGUUAAGAAACGCAAGCUGGACCCUGAAGAGCAGACAAAGAAGAAGAAACGAUGAACUGAACCAAGUUUGACUCUGAAAACUGUUUUUAUUGAACACGUAGGACGACAUCUGUUGGCCUUUAAGAUCACUACUGGCGCAAGAGAAUAAAAAUGGCAUCACCAUAUGGCACACAGCAUAUUUAGGGGUUGUGUAACUUCUGUGACAUGUUUAUAAUCUGGAGUUUAUCACUUGGCAUUGUUAUAGAUUUUGUACUUACAAAUCCAAAAUGUUUCAGCUAUGGAUUUUUAAUUAAAACAAAACGUCUUAGAAUAUUGUGAUAUCUGUCUGUGUUCAUGCAGGCUAUGGAAAUUCAC